CAAUUGACCAUUUGGUUAACAUAUACAAAAAUGUGGUUCACAAAACUGGGGGUUACCUUACAGAAAGUGGUUAUGUCAAUCUGCAAAGAGUACAGAUGAUCAUGUUAGCAGUUGGUGAAGUUGAGGAUAGCAUUUUUAAAAAGAGAAAGGAUGAUGAGGACAGUUUUAGAAGACGACAGAAAGAAAAGAGAAAGAGAAUGAAGAGAGAUCAACCAGCUUUCACUCCUGGUGGAAUAUUAACCCCUCAUGCCUCGGGUUCAAGAAAUUCACCAGGUUCUCAAGUAGCCAAUAAUCCGAGACAAGCAGCCUAUGAAAUGAGGAUGCAGAAUAAUUCUAGUCCUUCAGUAUCUCCUAAUACGAGUUUCACUUCUGAUGGCUCCUCGUCUCCGAUAGGAGAAAUUAAGCGAAAAGCAGAAGACAGUGACAGUGAACCUGAACCAGAGGAUAACGUCAGGCUUUGGGAAGCUGGGUGGAAGCAGCGGUACUACAAGAACAAAUUUGACGUUGAUGCAGCUGAUGACAAAUUCCGUCGUAAAAUUGUACAGUCUUACGUUGAAGGGCUCUGCUGGGUUCUUCGAUAUUAUUACCAGGGCUGUGCUUCCUGGAAGUGGUAUUAUCCAUUUCAUUAUGCACCAUUUGCUUCAGACUUUGAAGGUAUUGCAGACAUGCCUUCUGAUUUUGAGAAGGGUACUAAACCGUUUACACCACUGCAACAACUUAUGGGAGUUUUUCCAGCUGCAAGUGGUAACUUCCUACCUCCAUCGUGGCGGAAGCUCAUGAGUGAUCCUGAGUGUAGUAUAAUUGACUUCUACCCUGAAGAUUUUGCUAUUGAUUUAAAUGGUAAGAAAUAUGCCUGGCAAGGUGUUGCUCCGUUGCCGUUCAUGGAUGAGCGAAGGCUGCGAGCUGCCCUAGAAGAGGUAUACCCAGACCUCACUCCAGAAGAGACUAGAAGAAAUAGUCUUGGAGGCGAUGUCUUAUUUGUGGGGAAACAUCACCCACUGCACGACUUCGUUUUAGAGCUGUAUCAGACAGGUUCCACAGAGCCAGUGGGUGUACCACCUGAACUAUGUCAUGGGAUUCAAGGAAAGUUUUCUUUGGAUGAAGAAGCCAUUCUUCCAGAUCAAAUAGUGUGUUCUCCUGUUCCCAUGUUACGGGAUCUGACACAGAAUGCUGCAAUCAGGUGGGCUGGCAUUGAGUCUGAAGUCUUCUUCUAGAAAGACGUGAUUCCUGCCCCAACUACAAAGGUUUACAAAAACCAACUCUUCUGGAAAACUUGUGGCCAGCUAAUCCCCCUGUGUGUCUCAUUCCUAUCACACUUGAUCAUUGUUUGAAAUGUUUCAUUUAUUAUUUUCCAUGCUCUCAUUCCCACAUGACUCCAUGUUUCCUCAGCCCAGACCCAACCACUUUGUGCCUCACUUCCCUCAAAACGGUUCCCCUGGCCCUGUGAAUUU